AUGUCUUCUCAUAAGACUUUCAGGAUCAAGAGGUUUCUGGCCAAGAAACAAAAGCAGAGCCAUCCUCAGUGGAUUAGAAUAAAAACUGGCAAUAAAAUCAGGUACAACUUCAAGAGAAGACAUUGGAAAAGAACCAAGCCGGGUCUCUAA